CCGGGGAGCGCGGCCGUACCGGGAUCCACCGGGAUCCGCCGCUCCCUCGGGAGGCCCUUCCUUCCCCGCGCUAUUCCCUGCGGUUUCUCACGGCCCUGAAGACUCGGCCACCAUCGAUUCUCAUCGAUCUCCAUUCUCGUUUCGGAACAGGAUGGGCAUGGGGGACUCCAACCCGGCAGCAGUGCCACACGCCGCUGAGGACAUUCAGGGAGAUGACAGAUGGAUGUCACAGCACAAUCGGUUUGUCCUGGACUGCAAAGACAAGGAGCCCGACGUGCUCUUCGUGGGGGACUCCAUGGUGCAGUUGCUACAGCAGUACGAGAUAUGGCGAGAGCUCUUCUCACCACUCCAUGCACUGAAUUUUGGGAUUGGUGGAGACACCACGGGACAUGUUCUAUGGAGACUGAAGAAYGGUGAAUUGGAGAACAUUAAACCCAAGGUCAUUGUUGUUUGGGUUGGAACAAAUAACCAUGAAAACACAGCAGAAGAAGUCGCAGGGGGCAUCGAGGCCAUCGUGCGCCUGAUAAACACGCAGCAGCCACAGGCCAAAGUGAUUGUGCUGGGCCUGCUACCUCGUGGAGAGAAGCCAAACCCACUGCGGCAGAAGAACGCCAAGGUGAACCAUCUGCUGAAAGCCUCGCUSCCCAAACUGCCCAACGUGCAGCUGCUGGACGUGGACGUGGGCUUCGUGCACUCGGAUGGCACCAUCUCCUACCACGACAUGUUUGAUUUCCUGCAUCUGACGGGCGGGGGCUACGCCAAGAUCUGCAAGCCCCUCCACGAACUGAUCAUGCAGCUGCUGGAGGAGACCCCCGAGGAGAAACGAGCUGCCCUGGCCUGAGGCGCUGCAGUCAGCGUGGAGAGCAUCAUCCAGCCCAUCAGAUCAGUUCUGUCACUGGCACUACAGAAUCCUUCUUUCUUAAAGCACUUUCCAUUGUAGAAUGUUACCGGAUGUCCGUACCUAGUGUUUUGAGGGGGAAGGCUCAUGUUUAACUGGUCUUGUACAUACGAGGGCCGGCUGGGUUGGUUUUAUUGCAGAAGGAAAUUAGCUGAAGAAGAGUUUUACUUUUAAACCAUUCCUCAUUUAAAACGAGAACGGGACUGCCACUCUGUGCCCCUCUCAUGUCUUGUUGCUCUGUGGUUGUCCUAGACCCCUUGUAGCCUGUCUGACAGCUCCUGGCUCACCGUUCCAGGCUUCAGCUCUGUGUAUUUGCCUGGGAGCAAGAAUCACAUUCCACUUGCAAAAGCCAGAACAGAUGCAUUUUUCCAAACUCACUUCCACCUUCUAGGCGGUUUKGGGGUUUYUGUUUGGGUUAUUUUUUGUUGGUUUGUUUGUUGUUUGUUUUUUUACUGGGGAGGGGUUUAAAUGACACGUGUUGUUUUCUCACUCCUUUCUGAAGCAGCUUGAAACAGGAAUUCAGAAAUUUAAAG